UAGCUUCCUUUUCAAGGUGUCGAAGCACAAAUAAUCGGUAAUGGAGACAUGGACGGUCAUUACUAAUUUUUUUGUGAUUUUAUUAAGUGUAUGUUUUACCCAGGAACAAUGUAUAUUUACAGAUAAAUGUGUGCCCGUAAUCGACAAAGGCCGAUACUACAGGGGGACAGCUUCCUGGACAGUCAAUGGAGAGGAGUGUCUUAACUGGGACAGCCAUGACUAUGAUGUCACACCUGGACAGUACCCGGAUGAGGGCUUAGAGAAAAAUUACUGCAGAAACCCUCUGGGUAGUGGGAGCAAACCAUGGUGCUAUACUAAGCGGAAUAACACAGCAAAUAACUUUUGGGGAUUUUGUGACAUUCCAGCAUGUGAUCCAUGUUACUUCAGAGGGAUACAGUUCAAACAAGAGGACGCCUUCCAUGACGGAUGUUCACAAUGUAUCUGUUUAGCUGACGGGUUUCACUGCUAUCGUUGCCGUGACGACCCACCUCUAAAAAAUGGAACAAAUCUAGCCUGUUAUAUCAAAGAAAAUCCGAGAGCAAAAUAUCCUGCCUGCUGUAAGAGAACAGUCUGUCAUGGCAAAGACGCAGACUUCAACUUUGAAGAAUUUACGAGAUAUCUCAAGGAAAAACUUCAUAUUUGAUACCUAAAAAUACGAACAAUGUUUACUAACAUUAAAAUAAAGAUACAUAUCAUG